AAGCAGCAAGACUGACAGAGAAUCAGUGGAUCCACUCACCUGGACAGAACUCUGCUGAGGAUCGUUCCUCUGCGUCUCCACAGGUUUUCUGCAGAGAAACGGCCAGAGGCUGAAGCUGUGAGAUGGAUCGACACGGACAAGGACAUGGACAUGGUGGAUGUGGUGGGAAGGACCAUGGACAUGGACAUGGACAUGGACAUGGACAUGGACAUGGUCAUGGUCAUGGACAUGGUCAUGGACAUGCACAUGGACAUGGUGGAUGUGGUGGGAAGGACCAUGGAUCUGGUGGUUUUAGUGUCACGUACCUAGAACAUGUUAGUUGUAGUGAGGAAAGUCUUGUUCAUGAACACGGACAUGGUGGUUAUGGUGAGACGGACUAUGGACAACAAUAUGUUGGUUGUGGUGGAAAGGACAACCAACAUGAACAUGAACAGAGACAUGGUGGUUGUGGUGACGAAACCCUUAUACAUGUACAUGUACAUGGUGGGUGUGAUGGGAAGGACCAUGGACAUGGUCAUGGUCAUGGACAUGGACAUGGACAUGGUCAUGGUCAUGGACAUGGUCAUGGACAUGGACAUGGACAUGGACAUGGACAUGGUCAUGGACAUGGUCAUGGACAUGGACAUGGUGGAUGUGGGAAGGACAAGCGGAGACGGAGGUGUCAGCGGGGUCACCAACACAAGAAAUGCCACAAGAAAGGGCGGAGCUGCCACGGGUUGUCCAGCAGCUCCUGCAGCAGCAGCGACUCUGAUUAGAUGGAGACGUUUCAAACAUCUUCAGCUCCAAAAAACGCUGAACUCACUAUGAACCAACAGAGGAC